CUUCUCCGGCGAAUUUCGAUUUCUGUUUUCCGAUCUGAUUACACAGAACCGCAUCGAACCUUCCAGAAAAAAACGAUGUUUAACGGAUUAAUGGAUCCUGAGAUGAUCCGUCUUGCUCAAGAUCAGAUGAGUCGUAUGACUCCUGCUGAUUUCGCUAGGAUCCAACAACAGAUGAUGUCAAAUCCAGAUUUGAUGAAUAUGGCAACAGAGAGUAUGAAGAACAUGAGGCCUGAAGAUUUGAAACAAGCUGCUGAACAGCUUAAGCAUACACGGCCUGAAGAUAUGGCUGAGAUUAGCGAGAAGAUGGCGAAAGCUUCCCCUGAAGAUAUUGCAGCUAUGCGUGCUCAUGCUGAUGCUCAGUUUACUUAUCAGAUCAAUGCAGCUCAGAUGCUUAAAAAACAGGGAAACGAGCUUCAUAGCCGAGGAAAUUUCAGUGAUGCUGCAGAGAAAUAUUUGCGUGCGAAGAAUAAUCUGAAAGACAUUCCAUCUUCGAAAGGUGGAGCACUUUUGUUGGCUUGUUCUCUCAAUCUAAUGUCUUGUUAUUUGAAGACGAAUCAGCAUGAAGAGUGCGUAAAGGAAGGUUCUGAGGUUUUGGCAUCCGAUGCAAGGAAUGUCAAAGCCCUAUACAGAAGGGGUCAAGCUUACAGAGAUCUAGGCUUGUUUGAAGAUGCCGUCUCUGAUCUAAGCAAGGCCCAUGAAGUUUCCCCAGAAGAUGAGACAAUUGCCGAUGUGCUAAGAGAUGUUAAGGAAAGAUUGGCUGUCGAGGGACCUGGCAAGGCAUCAAGAGGUGUGGUGAUUGAAGACAUAACUGAAGAAAAUAAUGUUACUUCCGGAGGGAAUAAAAAAUCGUCUAAAGAGGUUACUGGGACACAACGAGAAAGAAAUGUUAAUGGUCAUGCUCAGGGCGUAAAGACUGAUGUUGAUGGAUUGCAGGCUCUCAAAGAUAAUCCAGAAGCAAUCAGAACUUUCCAGAACUUCAUUUCAAAAACUGAUCCCGAUACACUUGCUGCUCUGAGCGGAGGCAAAGCUGGAGACAUGUCACCGGACAUGUUCAAAACUGCGUCGAGUAUGAUAGGCAAAAUGUCACCUGAAGAGAUUCAAAAAAUGGUUCAAACAGCCUCUUCGUUUAAAGGAGAUAACCCUUUCGCCCCAACUGCGCCAUCUACAGAAAACGGUUUUACACCCACACCUGACAUGCUUAAACUUGCAUCUGAUAUGAUGAGUAAGAUGUCACCAGAAGAGCGUGAGAGGAUGUUUAACAUGGCAUCGUCUUUGAAAGCAAACGCUCCAGCUUCAACAUCAUACGGCAAUGCAGAAGCAUCUGAACCACGGGAAAGUUUAGGAGCGAGUGGGAGUUCUUUGGGAAAUUCCUUUGUGGCUCCAAGAAGCGGUUUCGAACCAAGCAUCCCUUCUGCUCCACCUGCUGAUUUGCAGGAACAGAUGAGAAACCAAAUGAAAGAUCCAGCGAUGCGACAGAUGUUCACAUCUAUGAUAAAGAACAUGAACCCAGAGAUGAUGGCUAGCAUGAGCGAACAAUUCGGGAUGAAGCUUUCUCAAGAAGAUGCUGCAAAAGCUCAGCAAGCCAUGGCUUCUCUUUCUCCCGACGCCUUGGAGAAAAUGAUGCGAUGGGCGGAUCGGGCUCAAACCGGGAUGGAGAAAGCGAAGAAAGCAAAGAAGUGGCUACUCGGAAAAGGCGGAUUGAUCUUUGCAAUAUUAAUGCUCGUCUACGACCUUAAGGCCAACAGACGAAACAUAGCGGUGACCGAAGCAAACAAGAAAGAGUUUGUAGACCUCAAGGCAGUCAACAUAAUGACAAUUGCUAUUGAGAAGCAACUCAACGAAUUCGUUAAAGGCUUUCAUGAUUUGGUACCUCAAGAAGUCAUAUCAAUCUUAAGCUACGAAGAUCUCAAACUGCUUACGAGUGGAAUGCCUCAUACUGAUCUCAUCUUCCGAUUCAUCGCGAUUUCCAUGGAGGGAGCGGGAGAUACGACGACGUCGGAGGGGCAUUUGACUUCGGCAGCAGCUUUUGUUGAAGGGGGAAUUCAAGAUGCUUGUGAUGAUGCUUGUAGCAUUUGUCUUGAAUCCUUCUGCGAAAGCGAUCCAUCCACUUUGACUAGUUGCAAGCAUGAGUAUCAUCUUCAAUGCAUUCUUGAAUGGUGUCAAAGGAGCUCACAGUGCCCAAUGUGUUGGCAAUCAAUUAGUCUCAAAGACCCCACAAGUCAGGAGUUGCUUGAGGCUGUUGAACAGGAGAGGAACUUCCGCUUCAAUCCAUCUAGAAAUGCCACCAUAUUUCGUCACCCCACUCUUGGUGAUUUUGAAUUACAACAUCUGCCAGUGGGGGUUGAUAAUGCAGAGAUUGAAGAACGAAUCAUUCAGCACUUGGCUGCUGCUGCUGCUAUGGGACGAGCAAGACAUGGGGUAAGAAGGGAAGGCCACAGAAGCAGGUCGUCAAGUCAAGGACAUCCACAGUUUAUGGUGUUCUCUUCACAUCCUAAUGCUUCUUCUCCUCCACCUCAUCCUCCCAUGCCUUCUUCUCCAUCUCAGAGAGAUGAGAGUGACACAGUCUCAAACCUUCCUCACAAUACCUUAGGGGAGGGUUCUCAUCAGUCAAACACGCAGCCACCAACUUCUCAUCCCCGCCAGGUUUCUCCUUCGGCAUCUGAUUCAAACAGCAGGCCUGUUAAUCAAUCUUCCCCAAGUGAUCAAGAUAGAGCUGGACCAUCAGAACUCCAGUCAUUUUCGGAAUCACUAAAGUCUCGAUUAAACUGCUGUCUCCACGAGAUACAAAGAAUCGAUAUCAAAGAAUACAAGGAACUGGAAAGAUAGACUUUUUUCUCGCAACACUUCCAUGGCUGAUCUUGGCUCUGAGGUUAAAAGAGAGAGAGAGGAAGAUGUUGUCCAUUGUGAAAUUCUGAUAAUAUAUAUAUAUAUACAGAGUCGGAAGUCUCAAAAGUGUGGGAGCAUAGAAAGAAGGUUUAUUGAUAACAUAAAAGAGUUUUCUGAUU